CGUGGCUUGGGUCGUGACGCGCCUCUCCUUCACGGUGCGCCUUCUGCGGAAAAGCGCAUUGUUUAUUUGCGUGGUUUUGGACGCGCAGCUUUUGGACGCAAUGGACCCGUAAUUACGCGAAUUUCCAUCUCAUCCGAUUCCGUCCGCUGGCGCCGUGGCUUGGAUCCGAAUUAUCUGAUUGGUACAGAGAUUAGACAAGACCGUCUAAUUGAACGAUUGCGCAACCGCUCCGGUCCGUUUGCGCAAACCCCUCGGAUCUUAGCUGUAUCGGAUUGGAUCGGAUCGGUGUGGAUUUGGAUGCCGACGUAGGGACAUAAAGCGAGGCUGUGAAGCUGAAGAUGUGGAUCCACCCGGAGGAGGUGUUGAUGGCCGGUGCGCUUUGGGUCACCGAGCGCGCAAACCCCUAUUUCAUCCUGCAGAAGAGAAAAGGACAUGGAGAAGGAGGAGGAGGACUAGCUGGUUUGCUAGUGGGGACUCUGGACGUCAUGCUGGACUCCAGUGCACGCGUGGCUCCGUACAGGAUCCUUUAUCAGACCCCUGACUCGCUGGUAUACUGGACCAUUGCUCACGGAAGCUCCCGUAGAGAGAUUACUGAACACUGGGAGUGGCUAGAACACAACCUCCUUCAGACGCUGUCUAUAUUUGAGAAUGAGAAUGACAUCACUACUUUUGUCAAGGGCAAGAUUCAGGGCAUCAUUGCCGAAUACAACAAAAAUCAUGACAAUAAGGAAGACGACGACACGGAGAAGUUUAAGGAAGCCACGGCUAAGUUUCGGAGGUUGUUCGGGAUGCCGGACGAGGAGAAGCUGGUAAACUAUUACUCCUGCAGCUACUGGAAAGGCCGAGUUCCCAGGCAGGGCUGUCUCUACCUCAGCAUCAACCAUCUCUGCUUCUAUUCUUAUCUGCUGGGCAAGGAAGCCAAGCUGUUGGUUCGCUGGGCUGAUAUCACUCAGCUGGAGAAGAACGCCACCCUGCUGCUGCCAGACAUGGUGCGAGUGAGCACCCGCUGCAGCGAACAUGUCUUCUCUGUCUUUCUUAACAUCAACGAGACCUUCAAGCUCAUGGAGCAGCUGGCCAACAUCGCCAUGCGCCAGCUUCUGGACAACAAGGGUUUCGAGCAGGAUCGCUCACUGCCCAAACUCAAGAGAAAGUCACCUAAGAAAGUGUCGGCCCUCAAGAGGGAUCUGGACGCCAGGGCUAAAAGUGAACGCUACCGCACGCUGUUCCGCCUACCGAAAGACGAGAAGCUGGACGGACACACAGACUGCACGCUGUGGACACCGUUCAACAAAAUGCACAUCUUGGGACAAAUGUUCGUCUCCACCAACUACAUCUGCUUCACCAGUAAGGAGGAGACCGUGUGCAGCCUCAUUAUCCCACUCCGAGAGGUGACUAUUGUGGAGAAGGCAGACAGCUCGAAUGUGUUGCCCAGCCCACUAUCAAUCAGCACCAAGAACCGAAUGACCUUCCUGUUCGCCAACCUGAAAGACCGCGACUUCCUGGUGCAGAGGAUCUCUGACUUCUUGCAGCAGACCUCCUCCAAGAUCUACUUUGAGCGAGAGAUCACAGGCAGCCUCACCAGCUCAGAUGAUGAGGUGUACUCCCAGCACAGUAGUCUGCUCUCCUGUAGUCCACAGCGCAGCAGUUUGGGCUCAGAGGGUGAGAGCGAGCGCCAGUUCAACCUCAACGACAACAGCGUUCCCACGGCAACACAGGCCCUCAUGACCAUGUACCGCCGCCGUUCGCCUGAGGAGUUCAACCCCAAACUGGCUAAGGAGUUUCUGAAGGAGCAGGCCUGGAAGAAUCACUUUGCGGAAUUCGGUCAAGGUGUGUGUAUGUACCGCACAGAGAAGACCAAAGAGCUGGUGCUCAAAGGAAUCCCAGAGAACAUGAGAGGAGACCUGUGGCUUCUGUUCUCUGGGGCGAUUAAUGAGAUGGCCACUCACCCGGGCUACUAUGAAGAUUUGGUGGAGAAGUCGAUGGGAAAGUAUAAUUUAGCAACAGAAGAAAUCGAGCGUGACCUUCACCGCUCGCUGCCCGAACACCCGGCUUUUCAGAACGAGAUGGGCAUCGCUGCACUGAGACGCGUCCUCACCGCGUAUGCCUUCCGCAAUCCCAACAUCGGCUACUGUCAGGCGAUGAACAUUGUGACAUCAGUGUUGCUGCUUUAUGCUAAAGAGGAAGAGGCUUUCUGGCUAUUGGUGGCGCUGUGUGAGAGGAUGCUCCCAGAUUACUAUAACACCAGAGUUGUGGGUGCGUUGGUGGAUCAGGGAGUGUUUGAGGAGUUGGCCCGUGUGCAUGUUCCUCAGCUGUACGACUGCAUGCAGGAGCUGGGUGUGAUCUCCACCAUCUCUCUGUCCUGGUUCCUCACACUCUUCCUGUCCGUCAUGCCCUUCGAGAGCGCGGUGGUCGUGGUCGACUGCUUCUUCUACGAGGGCAUCAAGCUCAUCUUUCAGCUGGCGCUGUCCGUGCUGGACGCCAACAUCUACCAGCUGCUCAACUGCAAGGACGACGGAGAAGCCAUGACGGUGCUCGGCAGGUAUCUAGACAGUGUUACCAAUAAGGACAGCACCUUGCCCCCAAUCCCACACUUGCACUCUCUCCUCACCGAUGAUGGAGAGCCCCAUCCUGAGGUGGACAUCUUUAAACUUGUGCGCAGCUCAUAUGAGAAAUUCGGUUCUAUCCGGGCGGACGUGAUCGAACAGAUGCGCUUCAAGCAGAGGCUGAGGGUCAUCCAGACUAUAGAGGACACGACUAAACGCAACGUGGUCCGUACUAUAGUUACAGAGACAGCGUUUGGAAUAGAUGAGCUGGAAGAGCUUUUCUCAUUAUUUAAGGCUGAACACCUGACCAGCUGUUACUGGGGUGGUACGAGUAACCCGAUGGACCGCCAUGACCCGAGUCUGCCCUACCUCGAGCAGUAUCGCAUGGACCUGGAACAGUUUAAGGGGCUAUUCUCGGUGCUCUUUUCAUGGGCCAGCGGCACACACACUGAUGGUCUCGCUGUGCGCUUCUUCCGUCUGCUUGACCAGAACGCGGACGCGCUCAUCAACUUCCGAGAGUUCAUUAAUGGACUUGGGGUCCUGUGCCACGGUGACCUGACUGAGAAGCUAAAGCUCCUCUAUAAGAUGCACAUAUUGCCAGAUGUACAUCAUGAGCAAGAUGAGCCAGAUUCGGCUUUUGAGGCCACGCAGUACUUCUUUGAGGACAUCACCCCUGAGACUUCCAACGGCCUUGUCCAUAAGAGCAGGAGCGAGAAGGACGAUGGAUUUGUCAGAGUCACAUUCAAGAAUGAAAAAGUGAAAAAAAUGCAGACGGCGGAUUAUCGGAUGUAUUUGCGCCUGUGGAACCAGGAGACCAAAUCCAAAACCGAGAACAUGAAAGAUCUCCCCAAACUCAACCAGGGUCAGUUCAUUGAGCUUUGUAAGACGCUGUAUAACAUGUUUAGCGAGGACGCUAACGAGCAGGAGCUGUACCACGCGACAGCCACGGUGACCAGCCUGCUGCUGGAGAUGGGGGAGGUGGGAAAGCUCUUCUGCAGCCCCUCCAGCAAAGAGGAUGACGCUGAUGAUGAGGAGGAGGAUGAAGACGAAGAGCAUGCGACUGCACGAAACAGGAAGCAGCAGAGGAUUCAGAAGCAAACGUUCAUCCGCUCAGUCGACGACAAGAUCCCUAGCGCAGCCCCUAUGGAGGACAUCAAGCUGGACGAAUCACCCAAAGACACGGGUGCCUCCACGGCCAUGCUCGUCUCCGACGACGAGACCAAAGACGACACAUCGGUGUCCUCGUACUCGGUGCUAAGCACCGGCUCGCACGAGAUGGACGAGAAGCUUCAAUGUGAGGACAUCGCCGAGGACACAGUGCUGGUGCGCAGUGGUGCAGGAGGGAACGGGAUCCCACACAGCACCAGUAUCGAUAAGGACUGGGCUAUAACCUUUGAGCAGUUCCUGGCCUCGGUGCUCACUGAACAAGCUUUGGUGCACUACUUCGAGAAACCGGUAGACAUCGUGGACCGCAUCGCGAACGCCAAGAACGUACGAAAGGGGGGACAGACGCAUACGUCCGUCAGCGAUUAUGAGAUCUCGCUCUCGGGAUAAGUUUUUGAUAGAUAGAUGAAAAAUAAAAAAAGAACAAUGACUAAACAAUGACCUCCGCGCUCACCUUUAAAGUUUCCGUCGACGUUACGGACAUGCACAAAAUUUGACGGACCACAAAAUCAACACUGGAGUAAACAUUCCCCAAACGCAUCUUUUGGAAAAUAAAUAAUAAAAAUUUCAAACUGAUGUCCCAAGCCACGAUCUGCAUAUGUACACAUCUGCCAUCAUCUCAACUACCUUUUUACUUAAUCUAUUCCGAUAUUUUUCCGAGACGCUGGAUAUUUCGGAAUGGACCCGAGUGCAUAUUUUCUGUAAUGUGAAUUUACCCUGAAGGGUUUGAGACUCUGAAGCAGAAGGACUAUGAAGGAUCGGUGGACUGAACAGAUUCUCAUCCUUUUGUAAUUGAAAGAAGAAGAAAAAAAGCCGUGAAGGACUUUGCGUACAUAUUAUAUGCUUGGUGUACUUUAUAUGGAGUAAUAAUUUAGCAGUAUGUAAUACAGGUAGACUGUGUAUAAUCGUGUCGUGUCUACACUUCUACUGAUUGUCUAUUCAGGGAGUGACCAGUCCUUGUCUUUAAGACGUGAAAAGGAACUCGGUUAAGAAUAAUCGAAGGAAAUACUUCACUUGGGAUGCUAGCUGUUAUGAUUUUAACCUACGGAAAAGCAUUUCGGAGUGACGCUAUUCCUUUAGCACAGUGAUACAUUUAGAAUGUAGGACAUGCAAAAAGCCAUGAGACUGGAAGCGGAGGAAGAGAACUGAUAUGACCUGAUUCCCUUCUGUAAAGACACUGAGCAUGACUGAAUCAUCGCUUUGACGCUCUCCUGUCGGAAAUCACUACAUUAACACUUCAUGCAUCUACAGCUUGCAGCCGUGUCCUUAUUUUACACAUAGUGCACUAGAUAGAGUGCCUAAGGCUCAAACAGUGCAAUAUGUGUUAAAUAGGAAGCUGUCUAGGAUGAAUCAUCUAUAGAGCCACCUUGCUGACUUGUCAUUUUUUUCUGUUUCUGGCACCUGCACUUUGAGUUCCCCUUUUCUCGCUCGAACCCAUGUAGUGAUGUACUGUAUUUUAUGAUACUCGUCUCAGAGCUCAUACAUAAUUCACCACAUGACAACCUUUUAAAUUCUUAUUGUCCUCCUUUCUCUGUUUCUGUUCCUCACCAUCACACGCAUGUGGCAUGACUGUCCACUUUCAUGUAAACAUUUUGACUUUUUUUAAAUCGUUUUAAUGCUG